AGAAGAUUUUGUGGCAUUUAUAGAUGCAUUUGACGAAGCUCAACUUAUUCAACUAAGGAGUUCUAAUAAUAAAUUAAGUGAUGAUGAAGAAGUAAAUAUAGACAGUUCUUUUGAAAAUUAUGAAAGUUGCAAAAAUGUAGAAGAAAUAUCGAUAACUGGGAAAAUGCUAGGGCAAAUUGUUUUAAAUCAACUGAGAAAAAUGGGUCUGAAUCUUAACAAAUGUGUAGGUAUUGGUACUGAUGGUUGCAGUGUUAUGACAUCAGAAAUUUGUGGAGCUGUAGCUGAAAUUAUAAAGAGUUCACCAAAUGCCCGUAGAUGUCCAUGUUACAACCAUUCUCUUAAUAUUUCUAUUUCAAAAUCAAGUAAAGUUCAAAGUAUACGAAAUUUAGUUGGAAUUAUUAAAGAGGUUGUUAGAUUUUUUUCUAUGUCAGCAAAACGUACAGUUAUUUUGAAGAAAUAUGUUGGCCAUCAGCUAACUGGACUAUGCGAAACGAGAUGGGUUGAGAGACAUGAUGGAGUUACUAGGUUUUUACAAGACAUGCCUAAAAUUAUUAAUACAUUAACUGAAAUUACAACAUGGAAAGAUUCCCAAACUUCUGGAAAAGCAAAAAUACUUGUAACAACAUUAUGUGACAGUGAAUUUAUUAUUGCUAUUUUUAGUUUUGCGCAUUUGCUCAAUUUCAUUUAUUGUCUAAGCAAAAUUUUCCAAAAAAAAAAUUUAGAUUUGAAUACAGCAGCAAAUACUAUAAAAGAUACAUUAAAAGUUCUUUCCAAAUGUCGUGAAAAUGUUGAUACAGAAUUUUCAAAUAUUUUUAAAUCAUCUGAAGAUUUAGCAAACAUUAUCGAUGUAGAAUUACGAAUGCCUAGAUCAUGUAAACAACAAAAAAAUCGAUCAAACUAUUUUACCAACAACGUAGAAGACUAUUACAGAAUCUCGAUAUUCAUUCCUUUAUUGGAUAAUGUUAUAGAUGACUUAAAAACACGUUUUUCCCAAAAUACAUUGGAAUUAUUUCAGUUAUCUUUUUUUCUUCCAUCUAAUUUUUUAAAAUUACCAAAUGGCCAAAAAGAAGAAACUGACAAAAUAAAAUCAGUUGCUAAAGACUUUCAAAAAUUGCUUAAUAAAAAUGAGUUAUCCUCCCGAUUAGUUGGUGAAUACUAUAUUUGGAAAGAGAAGUGGAUACGUGAAUUUCAAAAUGAUUCAUCAGUUAUUUCUAACCAUGCAAUUGAAGUAUUACAGAAUUGUGAUGAAGACGUUUUUCCUUUAAUAAAUAAAAUAUUAAAAUUAUUAAUUACAUUACCCAUUAGUAAUUCUAGCUCUGAAAGGUCAUUCUCUUCACUACGGCGUCUUAAAACAUGGCUAAGAUCAACAAUGUGUGAAACACGUUUGACUGGACUUGCAUUAUUAAACAUUCACAGAGACAUUGCCAUUGAUAUUGAAAAAUUAAUUCAACGUUUCUCCAAAAGCAAAAGAAAAAUUCCAUUUGCAAUUUGA